AUGACCGAAAAACAAAGUAUCGAAAGCGAUCCUGCUGCGAAUAAGACGCAGAUGGACGCGAAUGUUGCCGAGGAUGCAGAAGAGCUGGAGCAUUUGGGCAUUGCCCCUUCAGAAAUGAAGCGCAGCUUCAAUCUGUGGUCAUUGGUAUUCCUAUCCGCUUGUUCGAGUGUUACUUGGGAGGCUAUUUCGUCGACUAUUGCCCAGGCCUUGAGGUCUGGCGGAAGUUCUAGCUUGGUUUGGGGGUAUGUCGCUUCUGCUGCAGGCGCGAUCCUCAUCGUCCUCUGCCACGCCGAAUAUGCAAGUAUGAUACCAACCGCUGGCGGUCAGUACCAUUAUGCAUCUGAAUUAUCGCCCCCGAAAAUUCGGAGAGUGUAUGCUUGGUUUGCGGGAUGGAUAACUAUGAUUGGUUGGAUUCUCUCCUGUGUGGCUGGCAUCUUCGCGAUGGCAACCCAAUACCAGGCGUGGGCCAUCCUCUUCGCUCCGGGAUAUGUCUUUGAAAGAUGGCAUACAACAAUGAUCACGAUUGGUCUGACCACAUUUUUCAGCGCUGUCUCCCUAUUUGAGAUAAAACAUCUGCCCAAGCUGAUGUACAUCGGAUUCCUCACACAUGUAGCGGGAUAUCUUACUACUAUGAUAUGGCUACUUGUCCACGUUGAGGAGAAGAACUCGGCCAAGAUAGUCUUUACUGAUUUUAAUAAUCAGAGUGGCUGGGAAAGCUCUGGUGUGAGCUGGUCUAUUGGGUUGCUCAGUUCGGCUAUUGGGUUCGUCAACUGGGACAGCUCAAUUCACAUGGCCGAGGAGAUGAAACAUGUCUCGCGCGACCUCCCUAGAGCAAUUUUGGCUAAUGUUGCUGUGAGCGGAAUCAUGACCUUUCCAUGGAUCAUUUCUAUUGCAUUCUGUAUCACCGAUAUUUCCGGAGUUCUCAGUGGCCCCGUUGGGAGCAUGAGUCCUAUGUCGCAGCUCUUCUAUAACAUAUCUGGCGGUAACAGAGCGGCCACAAUUGGUCUUACUUGCUUCCUUCCGAUCAUCGGCAUUGUAAGCGCAGGGCCUGGGAUGAUCUCCGCUACGUCGAGAACCGUCUGGGCCUUUUCAAGAGACGGAGGCCUUCCUCGGAUGUUUUCUAAGGUUGGAAACCGCACAAAGGUACCCACAAAUGCAGUAAUCCUGACAUGGGCUUUGAUUUGUGCUGUUAGUCUUAUCAACAUUGGGAACACUACUGCCCUUUAUGGGAUCAGCUCUGGUUGCACAGUUGCCCUCGUCAUUUCUUACGCUUUUCCGCUACUCAUGAACGUUCUAUAUGGGUUCAAAUACUGUGAAGUCCCAAGAGGCCACGGUAGGUUUACUUUAGGUCGUUUACAUCGCCCUGUGGCGGUCGCGGCUUUGGCCUGGUGUAUUUAUAUUAUCACGUUCAUGUGUUUCCCAACAUACUACCCAGUGCAAGUUGCCAGCAUGAAUUGGGCCUCAGCUGUGGUCGGGGGAGGGAUGCUUAUUGCUGUAUGCUUAUGGUUUGUCUACGGACGAACUGGAUACGUGGGAGCGAUGCGGAUUUUGGAAUCCCAUCACUGA